CACCCUGGAAACACCGUGGCCACACAGGCCAUUGGUGGAUCCCAUCCCAGACAUACCCUGUCCCAGGAGGUCACACCUGUUCACCCUCUGGGUGGCUCUGGGACUGCUGGUGGUGGGAUGCCUCCAUCUCAUCCCUUCUGGCUUCCAGCAGGCUGCGUCCCCUGAGGUGUCCGUCUCUGUAAGUCCUGGCUGGGUAAAUUUUGCUUUGCUGAGCUUGAAUGAAGUCAGUCAUACUCUUGCCAGUUUGAGGUGCACAGGGGUCUUACGGCCCCAGCUGAACCCCCUUCCUCCUGCUGGUAGCCGGCUUCAGACCUGCAGGUUCCUGGUUCACCAUGGACCUAACGAAGAAUGCAAGGCGAUGGAAGCUGCCUGCAGCACUGGACAGGUACAAGAGUAUGUACCAGAAAGACUAUUGCUGGCACAACACCUACGAGCCACCCAACCAGGAGGACGUACAGAUAACUUCAUACCAUCCUAGUUCAGACGGCUACGUACCAAGGUGCUACCUACCCAAGUCCCAGCCUCCCAUCCAGCCGACACCGGGCCGGUCAGGGAAACUGGAGAUCCUCGCUGAGCCGCAGGAAGGGCUGCUUUGUUGCCAGGACCUCCCACCUCCUGCUCAGACAGCCGAAACAGAAGGGACGAUGCUGCACAGGGAGAAAGUGUCCCCAGGCUUGGUCAGCUACGUGCAAUUCACCCAGGGUUUGUACCGGGAAAGGCUGGACAACGCUGAGCAAUACAAAAACAAGAUCCUGGGCUCAUCUGUUUUGAUGGAAGACUGCUCUAUACCUGACUGGAGAAGUACCUACCAGCUGGAUUUCCCACGCCGGACAGGAGUCCAUGGUGGAUUGUACACAGAGCAGACGAGGCCUUCUCCCAUUUUCCCUGCAGAUGGACGCUUCAACCAAGGCCGCUGGGUGUCUGAGUACGCGGACAGCUACAGUGUUUUCUUGAAGAAGCUGGACUGGUCCACUCCAAUCCCUUGUCCGUGGAUGCUGUCUGGGAAGGAUAUGCGCUGGAGACCGCGAUGCUGUGAGUGGUGCUAAGGUGGCCAUGCUCUUCUGUGAUUACAGGCCCUCUAAGCUGCCUGUAAUAUUGCUCAUCCAAGACCCUGCAAGCCUGGAAACCUCCUCUCUUCCAAACCAUGUCUGUCAGAUGUGAAACGUAUGGCAAAGACCUCUUUAAGUGCAAAUUAUCAUUAAAAUCUCCCAAGAACCUCAGCUUU